AUGAAGACACAUCAGUUUUUCCUUCUGCCAUUAUUGCUUCUUACAGGCUUCCUGGCAGCAGACAGCAUAAGCCCAAAUGAAACAAAGCCAAAGAAAGCCAAAAUCCUCAAAAUAAAGGAGAACAAUGCCCUCUUGCUGAAAAAGAGCAACUUCGAUUGAGCACUGUAGGAAAGUAAGUACCUGCUGGUGGAGUUCUAUGUUUCUUUAUCCCAAUCAUCUCAGAAUUUUUCUGAAGAAUUUGCAGAAGCUGCACAACAGCUUAAAACAACAGCUCCAAGAAUCCAGUUUGGCAAAAUUGGUGUCACAUACCAACCUGAUUUGAGAAAAGAAUUUAAUAUUCAAGAGUUUCCUACUGAAUUUUUUGUGGAUGGCAGCAGGGAAAAUCCCAUAGACUGCAAAGGAGUCAGGCAAGCCUCAGCCUCUAUUACAUAAGUGAAAAGAAGAACAGGACCUAGCACUGUUUUAAUCAACCCUACUGAUGAGGCUGAAGCCAUCAUAAAUGCUGAUGAUUUGGCAGUGACUGGCUUUUUUAAGAAAAUUCACAGUGACAAUGUGGAAGUUUUCUGUGAGACAGCUAGAGAUGUGCCAGAGAUGUCUUUUGGGAUGACAGCCAGUGAGGAUGUCUGUGCUAAUUACGGCAUCCAAAAGAACACCCUUGUUAUGUUUAAGAAGGUAGGAGUACAAAAGCCUAGGAUGCAAGGGAAACCUGUGCAUAAUGAAGCGCUGGAAGAUGGCAGACAGAACAAACUGGAUCUAAUGAGGCUAAUAAAAACCUUUACCCUGGAUUUGGUCACUGAAUAUAAUUUUGAGCCUUUUGUUUCCCGGACAUCUGUGAAGAUUUUUGAUGUCCCUGUUGAAAAUCACAUCCUGCUGUUUGCCCCAACGAACUUGGAGAUGUUCAGUGCAAUUUAUGAAAACUACAAGUCUGCUGCUGCGGAAUUUACAGGGAAAUGCACAACUCUUUCUUACCAGAUAAUGUUUGUCUUGGUGGAUACUAAUGAACCAAGGAAAGGAAGAGCUUUUGAGUACUUUUACAUCAGGAAGGUUGACGUUCCUGCCUUGAGAAUCCUAAAUCUGACAAGUGAGGCAAUGUACAAAACGCUUGCAAAUGAGGUGACUGUGGAGAACCUGAAGGAAGUCUGCCAGAGCUACCUAAAUGGAAAAGCAAAGCUAAACCUCCCCAGUGAGUAAAUUCCAGAGGACUGGGAUGAGAUGCCUGUCAAAGUGCUUGUUGGGAAAUUUAACAGGAUUGUCUUUGAUAAGACCAGGACUGUGUUUGUUACAUUUUUUUUAAAUGCCCCUUGGUCCUAUGACUGCAGAAAAUUCCUUCCAAUCUGGGAUGAAUUAGGAGAGCACUAUGAAAGUCAUACAGACAUAAUCAUUGCAAAGACAGAUGUCACAGCAAACAACGUCCUGUCCAUUGGAUUACCUCGCUAUCCAUUCUUCAGACUCUUUCCUGCUGGACCAGACUAUCAAGGGGUGGCCUAUGCUGGGGAGCACACCUUGGAGGCAUUUUCUGAAUUCUUAGGAGAACAAAGCAAGACAAAAGCAGAAGGAGAGAAGUGUCACAAAAAUACAAAGGGAAGGGCAGAGUGGAAGGUGAAGAUGAUCUGUGAAAUGAAGACAUACCAUGGGACUAGUGGGAGAGCAAGCCACUGCCUAAAUGAGAGGCUCCCAGAAGAAGAAAACCUAAAAAUACUAAGUAGGACAGGCCAAGACUUCAUGAAAAGAGAAGCAUAUAAGCAUAAAGAACAGAAGAAGAAAGAACUGAUUUUAUAA